CCCUUUUCGUCGGUGAGUCAGUACCGCAGCCGCGUUCAGCUGAGCGGCCCUUUCAGACAGCUCCCAGGCGGCGGCUGGGCAGAGGGAGGCUUGAAGCAGAGGCUCCUCUCACUGUCGGAUCUGUUCUGGAGGCCGUGGUUACCUGGCUUGGGGUGCCUGCAGCUCUACAGCAGCAGACAGUGGCUCCCAGGGGCAUCUCUCCAGUUCCUGCAAGUAGCAGUAGGAGAGUGGAUAAAGGAAGUGGAUAACAAAAAGAAAGUGAGCGUUAUCUGUAGCUUUCUAAAAAGCAAAUGAGUGAAUGAGAGGAAGCAGCAUUAAAAUGAUGGAGCUUGACAUCUGUAAGCCUGCAUCGGAUGUACUUGUUUUUCACCUGAAAGGUUGUAGUGGUUUCUCUGCUGCUAGUAGAGACUGUUCAGGAAUUGUAGUUAAAAAACUGAGACUUCGAGGACCUUGGAGCUGAGAAAGGGAAAGAGUGAUGACCAAGAUUAGACACCGGGGACCUCUGCUGGGUUGUAUAAUAAUGUUGGUGUAAUUGGUAUCUGCUGUACCUCAUUUUCCUGGUGAUUUUCCUGUUUCAAUUUGGUUCCGAACCUAUUUCCUGAAAGAGAUGAAGAAAGGACCAGGAAGUGGUGCUUGUCCAGGUGUUGGAGUUCCAGACAAGAUAACAGAGCCAAACUCAGGUGGCAGUGGGAGCAACGGAGCCUCAGCAAAAGAGAAAGAUGUGCUUCCCUCUCCUGGAGAACUGGAAAAUAUACAGCUGAAACCCAGCAGUGAAACACACAGAAAAAAACUCUGUGGCUAUUUAAAUAAGCUAGGUAUCAGAGGUCCCAUCAAGACCUGGAAGUCUCGAUGGUUCAUUUAUGAUGAAAAUAAAUGCCACUUACUAUACUACAGGACUGCACAGGACAUCAACCCUCUGGGCUCUAUUGAUCUCUCCACUGCUUGCUUCGACUGCAAAGUAGAAAAUGAUGAAGGGGUUUUUGAGAUCAGAACACCAAACAGGGUUUUUACUUUAAAGGCAAUCAGCAAACAGGCAAUGAUGUACUGGCUGCAGCAGCUACAAGUGAGACGUUGGGAAUUUUGCAGUGCUCAGAGCAGAUUUCCCGUGGGCAGCUCCCAGCUUGUAAAUGAACCUCUAGUUGACAGAACAAAUGUUGCUGAUGAUGAGGGCUUUCUGCCUCCAGUCAAAACACCAACAGAAGUGGUGGGUUUACAGGCAGCCUCUUUGCCUGCACCCCAAACAGCUACGGCUUUGCAGAACAUCUCCCUUAAGCACCCUUGGACAGAGAUACAAAACACUGUCUACAAUAUCUGUGGCUCCAAGCAACUCUGGGGAAAUGAUGGGAAUGUCUUUAACUUCAAUAAAUUCCAGGAGCACCCUGAACAGGAGGCAGAAGUGGAAGCACAGUGUACAGUGAAGGAGACCCCAGAGGAUGGGAGGAUGGAGUCUAGGCUGAACUUGUUUAGGAAAGCCAAGUGGAUGAACAGUAGCUUGACGGAAGAGCAACCCCGGGAGAGGAACUCAAUGGAUAAAGUGAACGUCCUACAGCAACAGAUGCUGACGCUCACAGAGGAGGUCAAGUCACAGAAGGAGUUGGUUAAGCUUCUCCAUAAAGCUCUUGAGGCAGCCCAGCAGGAGAAGCGAGUAUCUAGCAUGUAUCUCACUGCAGCAGAAGAUAAGGACAGGCUGGAGUUAGUGCGCCACAAAGUGAGACAAAUUGCAGAUCUCACCAGUCGACUGGAAGCUCUUGAGCAAGAAAAGAAGGAACUUGAGCAGAUACUUACUCUGAGAGACAGCCAUAUCCAGGAACUCAAAGAGCAUGUGCAGCUUCUGAUGGAGAAGAACCAUGCCAAACAGCAAGUCAUCAUGGCCUUGACAGAGCAGACGGCCCGAGAACACUCUGAUCCCCUGCAAGAAGCAAACACUAUCACUGCAGAGACAUUGUAUAAACAACAGGAGGAGAUUGAGCACCUGAAGGAUGAUAUUGAUGCAUACAAAACCCAGAACCAAUUUCUCAACUCGGAGAUCCACCAGGUUACUCGACUGUGGACAAGAGUUGCUGAGAAUGAAAAAGCCCUUCUGAUGAAGUGUGCCUACCUGCAAGCCCAAAACUGCCAGAUGGAGAGCAAAUACCUGACAGUCUUGCGGAAGCUGCAGGAGACUGUCUGUGGCCUGCCCAGCUCACAUGCUGAGUUGGUGAGGAACCUCAUCCAGGAAGCACUCCGGUGGGAUGUGAAGGAAGGAGCAGAUCUGAACCUGGACCCUGUGAGUGAGUAUGAUGAGUACGGGUUUAUGACUGUACCUGACUACGAAGUUGAGGACUGGAAACUUCUGGCCAAAAUUCAAGCCCUAGAGAUGAAGUCCAACAACCUGCGGAGCCAGGAGGUAGUGGAGAAGCCCCUUCGUGACAGGUGGAAUAGCAUUGGAGAGCUGAGUCCCUCUGCAGAGCUGAAAAGCCUUAUUCGAAGUGGCAUUCCUGUGGAGCAUCGGCAGCGGGUCUGGAAGUGGAUUGUCAGCCAGCACUGCAGCUAUCUGCCUGACCACUACCAGCGGCUGUUAAGACAGAGCAAGAGCACUGAGCACCCUGCCUGUCGGCAGAUUGAGCUUGACCUGCCCCGGACACUGACCAACAACAAACAUUUUUCAUCUCCCACUUCCCAGCUCAUCCCCAAGCUCCGAAGGGUGCUUCUGGCAUUCUCCUGGCACAAUCCUGCCAUUGGAUACUGCCAGGGACUGAACAGAUUGGCAGCUGUUGCCCUGCUGGUCCUGGAAGAUGAGGAAAAUGCUUUCUGGUGUCUGGUCCAUAUUGUGGAGAACCUAAUGCCAGCAGACUACUAUAGUGACACUCUGAUAACAUCACAGGUAGAUCAGAGAGUCUUCAAAGACUUCCUGGCAGAGAAGCUGCCUCGCCUCAUGGCUCAUUUUGAGCAGUAUCAGAUCGAUGUCUCACUCAUCACCUUCAACUGGUUUCUGGUGGCCUUUGUGGACAGCUUGGUCAGUGACAUCCUCCUGCGAGUCUGGGAUGCUUUCUUGUAUGAAGGAACUAAGGUGAUUUUCCGCUAUGCUCUUGCAAUUUUUAAAUACAACGAGGAGGAAAUCCUAAGAAUUCAUGACAGUGUGGAGAUCUACCAGUACCUACGUUUUUUCACAAGGAUGAUCGUGGAUGGCAGGAAGCUGAUGAACAUUGCCUUCAAUGAUUUAAACCCCUUCCCCAUGAAACUGCUGAGGAACCGGAGGAGAAUUCACAGGGGAGAGCUGGAGACAGAGCUGUGCGAGCUGGAACAGAUCAAAGCAGCCUACGUAAAAGGGAGAGCAGAGCAGGGAUCUCGGGGCUUGGAGGAGGUUGUUAGUGAGGAGGAAGAAGAGAUAUAGCAAAAAUGAAGCUCAUCACUCCUCUUUCACCUUGUGGAAGGUCUCCAGUAGCAAUUAUCUGUAUGUGACAGAGAUGGAGGACAGAUAUUUGUGAGGAGUUCAUCUGCCCCUGGAAGCAAGGCUGUAGAUGUAGGACCAUAUGGGGACUUAGUCAGGCUUUGUGAUUGAUUGGAAGGUGUAAGAGGAGUUUUAACCAUCCUGUCCACCCUGUGCUGUGCAACUGAGGGAUGUGGGUGAAGAUCUGUGGGAAAUAAUGGUUGUGGUACCACAGCAUGAUGCAAAUGAUCCAACUAGCCCGGGCUUUUCUUGAAGAGGUUUGAAAGAGAUUUUUCUGUGCAUGUAAAAUCACAAAUAAAUAAAUAAACCAAGAGCA